CUUCCGCCGGGGCGGCGCUCUGCGUCCGGGUCAGCUGUUGCCGCUGCAGCUGUAGCCAGGGGACGGGGCCAGGGUCUCCACUGCCGUCCGAGGGGAGCGGGCUCCUCUCGGCGCUACCUCCUGCGACCUGGCCGUCAGCCCUACGUCGCCGGCCUGGAGGGGCGAAGAAGACGAGGGGGCCAAGGCUUCCUCUGGGGACAUUGGCUCUCUGGAUUUUCAGGAGUUUGUAGUUGAUAUCGAAUCUAAGCUGAGGAUGGAAGGUGUGGAACUUAAGGAAGAAUGGCAAGAUGAAGAUUUUCCAAUACCUUUACCAGAAGAUGAUAGUGUGGAAGCAGAUACAUUAGCUAUAACUGGACCAGAGAGCCAGCCUGAACUUAAUGGAAAUAAAGUAAGAAAGAAACUCAUGGCGCCAGACAUUAGCCUGACCCUGGAUCCUAGCGAUGGCUCUGUGCUGUCAGAUGAUUUGGACGGAAGUGGGGAGAUUGACUUAGAUGACCUGGACACGCCAUCGGAGAACAGUGAUGAAUUUGAGUGGGAAGAUGAUCUCCCAAAGCCCAAAACUACUGAAGUUAUCAGGAAAGGCUCGAUUACCGAAUACACGGCAGCGGAGGAGAAAGAAGAUGGCCGGCGCUGGCGCUUGUUCAGAAUCGGUGAGCAGGACCACAGGGUUGAUAUGAAGGCGAUUGAGCCCUACAAGAAAGUUAUCAGCCACGGAGGAUAUUACGGAGAUGGAUUAAAUGCCAUUGUUGUGUUUGCUGUAUGUUUUAUGCCUGAAAGUGGUCAGCCCAACUAUAGAUACCUGAUGGACAAUCUCUUUAAGUAUGUUAUUGGCACUUUGGAGCUGUUAGUAGCAGAAAACUACAUGAUAGUUUAUUUAAAUGGUGCUACAACUCGAAGAAAAAUGCCCAGUCUGGGAUGGCUCAGGAAAUGCUAUCAGCAAAUUGAUAGAAGGUUACGGAAAAACCUAAAGUCACUAAUCAUUGUACAUCCCUCAUGGUUCAUCAGAACACUUCUAGCUGUUACAAGACCCUUUAUUAGCUCAAAAUUCAGCCAAAAAAUUAGAUACGUCUUUAAUUUGGCAGAACUAGCGGAACUUGUCCCCAUGGAAUAUGUUGGCAUACCAGAAUGCAUAAAACAGUAUGAAGAAGAAAAGUUAAAAAAGAAACAAAAAAGAGUUGAUCAAGAGCUUAAUAGAAAACAGGAUGAACCGAAAAGUGAACAGUAAGUUUGGCGUCUAGUCCAGACAAGACUGAAGAAUGUGCUGAUGAAGCAGUGCUCUCUUUUUGCAUUUAUAAUGCAUUUAUUGGCCCUGAUUUUUAUGUAACCUGUUACAAAAUUGACUUGAUUCUUCCUUAAUGGACUUUUGUAUAAGGGACUGUUCACUGCUGUAUUGGUUUGCAAAUCUCUUGAAUUUAGCUCUUUAUUAGCUAAUUAUAUUGUACUCAUUUUAUAUUUUAUAUUGCUAAAUAGCAGAGAACCACACUUUAUAUAAAGCAGUUUCUGCAUUUGUUUGUUGAAUGAUACAUCUUCCUCAGUAAAAUAUUUAUAUGCCUAAAUGGUAAAGGAAAGAGAUAAUAUAUAUUUUUAUGUUUCUGAGCAAUAUUUUUUAAUGUAUACCUGUCUUGUGGAAGAAUAUGCAGGUAAAUGAGACCAUGAUUUGUAAAGUGCAUGUUUGAAUUUUUGUUUCUUAUAGAUGGUUAGUUACAUUUCCUGGGUGACUUGCAAAAUAGAGUUGCUCAUAAGAUGAGGGACAGUUAAACUGGUUCUCAUGAAUACCCAAAGGUCAUGUUCAUAAUCUAAGUCGAUUAAUACUAUCCUAAGCUUUUUUCUCUUUUAAUAAAUAUCGUUUAAUUCAGAAGCGCAAAUACAAAUGUAUUGCACACUUUUUCCUUUUUAAACUUUAAAGACAAGUCAAAAAGCCAUUUUUAGAACUAGACUUCAGAGACUAAGAAUUGGGAUUUAUAUAUAUGUAUAUACGGGACAUUUUAUCUUCUGGCCAAAAGCCAGAACUUUACUACAAAAAGUUUAGGUUUGUUCACUAAUGUGAAAUAAGCUGUGUGUCCAGGGUAUCACUGUCCAGAAUUUGUGGGUGCAGUGUAGUAUUCAGAGAAUGUGAUGAGUUCUUCACUGUCACUGUUUUUCUGUAGAAAAUAGGGGCUGCUUUUUUAACUGCUCUCAAUGUGGGCACUUUACCAAAAUACUUUAUCAGUUAUUUAAACUUGAUAGUAAGUUAGUGUUUAACCUAGUCAGAUAUUGUGUGUAUUCACAUUUUCUUUUGAAUCAUGUUGACAGUACUGUAAAACUAAGUUAUUUUGUAAGUCUUAGAGCAUCACUGCAUUAUGCUGUUUGGGUUGACAUGUUUAAUAUAAGCGUGUAAACUUUUGUUUAAUUUGGUUAAGUACCUUGACUCUAUUAAAAUACGCCAUACUUAGGGGCCUGAACAGAACUUAAUUGCCCACAAAAUCGUGUCAUAUACUUGUGUGACCCAUUUGGAAAGCUUGGUAUCCUCCAAAUUUGAGGGUCCUCUGGGCCUUCCUACCAGGCAGUUGACUAAGGAGUGUCCUAGAGUAGCAAACUUGAAGUGGAGGAGAGCUAAGCUUUUAGGCUUUCUUCUGUCCCAGACUGAACACACAUGUGGCUCUCACCAUUGCCAUUUUUAGUGUGAAGUUUAUAUUACAAAGAGUAUUUUCCAUUACAUUUUGUCCUUCUCAGUUAUAAACUUGGCCUGCUAGACCUAAGUCCAGUCCUGGAGGCUUCCCAGGAUGAGAUGCUCCUCAGCAGCCUUCUGAUUCUGCUUGGAUCCAGCAGCUGUAGGCAGACCCUGAACUAAUGUCAUCCUGGCAAAUAAAGCCAAAACCAUUAUCGCUUGCUGCAACCUUAGAAACAGUUUGUGUUGAAAAAGCAAACUAACAAUAACAACUUAGGCAUUCCUUCUGGAGUAACCAUAUGAGAAUCGUGAAUAAACAAUCAUUGAACUUAAUUGUGAUUAGAGUCUAUAUUUGUAGAGCUCUUUAAGUAGUCUUUCAUCUAUAAAAGUUUUCAGUUUCAGCAUUUAAUUAUGUUCAUUCACUUUUGCUUUUGAAAGCACUUUCCUCACUACGGGUACAGGUUGUAGCAAAAGUGGUGCAUGUUCUUAAGUAUUUUUCUAAAGUACAACUGGCCCAUCAUCUAUGAGAAUAUUAAAAUUCAGAGGGAACAGUGUUAACAACUGGGGUCAAACAAAAGGGAUAUGGUGUGAAUUGCUAGAUUAAAACAUACCUUUCUAACCUACACCUUAAUGGAGUCUGGUAUAGAGAUGUGCACCAUAAUAAAUGUUUCACAACCCUAAGGCCUAAGAUCAUUACUAGUAGGUUAUUAGAGGAAAAGCAUUUACUAAGUUCAUUAUUAGUAAUUUGUCAUUGUGUGACAGUUCCCCCAUAUCAUUCAAUUUUAAUUUUCCAUUACUGAUUAAAAUGAAAGUAACUAUAAUUGUAUUAUUUCCUCUUUCUCAUGGGGUCAUGGAUAUAACUUAACUGGUUUAAUUUUAUUUUUGUCACUAUAUUUUGUUGUACUUAGGCCCUGAGUGCCUCUUUGUCAAAAGUUUCUCAUAUAAAAAUCUUUUGGUUGUGUUCUGCUUGGUCGUAUUCCUAAGUAGCACCAAGGAAAGACGCUAGAUUGGCUUCACAGUCUAAGCUUUAAUAGCCGUUAACUCGAGUGGGAACUUGUGGGGGGGAUGUGAUUCUAAGUAAGCCCUAGCAGGGUACUUUGAAAGGAAGAUAACAAAACAAGGAAGUAAGAGAAAAGAACCUAUAAUGAGGUGCCCUCAGGUGUCUGUAAAGGGCAGUGCCGUGUGGGGCAGCUCUUGGCACCCUGCGUAGGCUUUCUUGUAUCCGACAGGGAAGCGUGCAGGCUGCACAGAGCAUACGUGAGAAAGAAGACUGGAAUGCAAGGGACAAAGGCUGGUAGCACCCGGAAUGAGAAUUUAUCUUUUCCUCUGCUUUGUCUCUUCAUACAGAAGCAAAUUUGAACAGAGAGGGUCAGCAGUGGCAGUGCUCAGAUUAAAGUUUAGGACUAGGUUAGUUUUUUAUAUUUUAUAGGGUUGGCAAACAUUAGUGUAAUCUUCCGAAGUGGACAUCACUAUUUAGUAACUGUAGUGAGUCCUGAAAUUUGCUGAUUGACAAGUAUACAUCAGUAGCUAGAAUUUCUUCCACUGUAAUUUCAGAAUUUGAAAAGGUAAGGGAUCUGCUUUAUAAUAGAGACUUCUUGUAGAUGACUAUAGCAUCACCAUUUGGCUGUUUUUUGUGAGUGCUCAGGGAAUUUGGAAGUGUUUAAUUUAGUGCAAAAGUGGCUUUUUUAGAUUUCUUCAGUUGACCGCUAAAUUAGCAUUAGGAUAUUAUCAGGUAGAACAGGCCAGUUUCCUAAUGAGAUUGGUAAUGGUAUUUAUAAAGUGACAGUAGCUUUGUCCUCCUUUUCCCUCUGUUAUAUAUGGAAAAUUACUAACAGUGCUCCAUCAGAAGGGAGAAGAUAGGUUGAAAAUAAAGAUUUGCUAAUCCGUUCCAUCUUAUUUUCAUGCUUAUUUUUUCCCAUCCUGUUUCGAUUAUUUGAGAACUGGGUCACAAACCUCAAGAGAAAGGAAUAGAGGAGUUAAAUGUGCUUAUUAGUUAGACCAGCUGUCCUGUUGUCACAGGGACCAGGAGCUGUCAGAUGAGUUGCUGGGAGAAAGCACUACGGAUUUACACUCACAUGAGGUCAGCUGGUGAGGGCACUGGAGACUGACUAUGCAGUAUUCGAACAGUGCUGAAGAAUUACCUAGGGAGCCUUUCAUUCACCUCUUCCCCAUCCCAAGGUUCUGAAUGAAUUAGAUCCGUGGUGAGUCCCAGUAACGUAACUUUGCUUUAAAUUUUUAAAUGGUACUUGAAAAUAAGGUAACGUUGUUAAAUAUGAGGAGUGACUCUAAAAUUUGAACAGAACUGUUACUGUGUUUCAACUGUGUAUGCUAGAUCUACUUAAUUUCUUAGUUUUGAGGAUUACUUUAAAAACUAAAGUUCACAUAAAGCACUUAAAUCAAGCACCUAAUGAAAAUCCAAGGUAUAAUGCUUUCAGACUGAUAAAGAACUAUAUUAAACUGUUUGCUUCAGAUAGGUGAGUCUAUCUCACAUGACCUUCUAUAGGAGGUUAAAACAUUUACAUUUUGAAAUCUCUGUUUUCACAGUGUGGCUAAGGAGGAACUUGGAAAAUAAUACCAAUUUGCUGCUCCACUGCACUUUUUAUAUAUAGACUUUCUAAAGUUAUGCCUCAAACUGUUCAUUUACAUAAACUUAACUAGUAAAUAUUGUGUUCAGGGCCACUGUCUUGCACAGCUGAUUGGGCACUGUUCACAUAGAACACAAUUUAGAGUUAGACACAGUGUGCUCUGCUCAUUUCGCUAUUCAGAAUAUGCUGCCUAGGCUGGUGCUGUCGUUUUACAGUGUGAGAAUCUUAGUUCUGAUGACUGUGUGUGCAAGAUGUUGAUGUGAUCCCUGUAAGAAAUAAAAGAGUUGGUCUUGAUUUACUAAGGAGAUGUAAUAUUUUCUUUUCCCCUGACUUAUUACUAGGAGUACAUUAACUUGUUUCCUGAUUUGUUGCACAUCAUACUUUUGCAACGUUAAUGAGUUUAAAUAAAUUCAUUGGAAAGUU